UUGUCCGUUAGGAGAGGUCAAGAUGGUCUCUUGCGGGAAGGUUUGUGACAGCGUAUUAUCGGCGGUGUUCGAGUAUGAUACUGCUAAGAUAGUGCAUAUAAAAAGCAAGAAGGUUGGACUGAUUAAUCGCUUGAUACAACUGCUUAUUAUUGUUUACAUUAUAGGAUAUGUGAUUGUUUACAAGAAGGGUUACCAAGAGUUUCAGAAGCCAUACAGUUCAGUGACCACAAAAGUCAAGGGAUUGUCAUUCACAAAUUUAACAAACAAGAGCAGGGAACUCUUUCUGUAUGGUGGAUUUCAUGUUUGGGACUCAUCUGAUUUUGUGAUACCCUCAGAGGAAAAUGAUGCUGUGUUUGUCAUGACAAACAUGGUAAUCUCACCCAACCAAACUCAGUCCAAGUGUCCUGAGGACCCAGACCUUGCUGAUGUGAGAUGCAAAAAUGACAGUGAUUGUACUCCUUUUGAACCUGUCAAGAAUGGCAAUGGCUUCAAGACUGGGAAAUGCGUAAAAGCUGAUAGACCUCCCUAUGGUCAAGUUUGGGAAAUUUACGCCUGGUGCCCAGUAGAGAUUGAUGACCUUCCCAUGCUGGGUUACAAUUUAAGUCACACUACUCCACUUCUUGAUGCUGCCAAGGAUUUCACCCUUCUCAUAAAGAACAAUGUACAGUUUCCAAAGUUUGGCGAAUCUCUGAGAAACAUCAAGACAGAAAAUGAAACCUACUUGAAGAACUGCAAAUAUGACCCACACACUGAUCAUCUCUGUCCAAUCUUCAAGCUUGGAAAAAUGGUAGAAUUGGCAGGUGUGGACUUCGAAGAUAUUGCUUUUAAGGGUGGGGUGAUUGCCAUAGUCAUAACAUGGAACUGUAAUUUUGACUCUCUGGCAUAUUUCUGUGAUCCUAAGUACUCAUUCAGAAGGUGAUUAAUUUAAAAUUCAAAAUACCUAUGUCAACUUUGUUUCAGACAUGCUAAUUACUUUGUUCAAGACGAUGUUCUUUACAGGACUUUGUUUAAGGCUUAUGGAAUACGAUUCAUGAUCAUGGUUUAUGGAGAGGGAGGAAAGUUUAGUGCGAUUCCACUGUUCCUUAAUUUGGGUUCAGGCCUUGCCUUGCUUGGCAUUGCUACAGUUUUGUGCGACAUUGUAGUGCUGUAUUUGCUGCAGAAGAAGUACUUUUACAGGGAGAAGAAGUAUUUGAUGGUUGAUACUGAUACAGACUCUGAACCUGAAAGUGAACAGCGUUCAAGAGUCCGUGAUCUACAUAGUGCUGGUAGCAUGGACCGUGACGCACGACGGUAUAAACGGAUUAAGGGUGACAAGGAAUGUAGAGAAACCUCAGGUUUUGUAGAUGCGGAAAGAUGACAUUCCUUCUUCACAGAAGAAACUUUCAUAACACUGGAGUCUUGUGCACCCGUUAUUCCUUUUUACCCUGAGUUAGUUAAGACAUUAACAAUGGUUAAGAUUUCUAAUCAUCAUUGGUAACCGGUGAACAUGGUUAAAUCGUCAUAAGUUUGUUCCAAUGUCGCGGGAUUCUGGGUAAAUAGUUUUUACGUUUUUUAGGAUUUUUCAGUAAGUAACAAACAAUUUGAAAUCCCCUAAGGUGUUAAUUUCCAGCUUAAAAAGUUGUCUUGUAUUUUAGAAACUCAAAGUAUUCAAUGUAAAAAGCAAGUGGGGAAAUGUUUAAACCUUUUGAAAAAGAGAAAGCUAUAAAAUUCCAAGGCGAUGGAAAUGAGAUAUUUAACCAUUAAGUGAUUUACACUAGAAUCUCCCUCAGGAUAAUAAGCAGUAUGUAGAGAAUUAUUAGUACUUACUUUAUGAGUAAGGCCAAAGCUACCAUCAGUUGCCUCCAUUUGGUGCGAAAUUAGAUGCACUAAUUUGUAUGAGGCCGCUAUCAGUUCUAAGAACCACUCUCUUUACCGAGUUUCAGUUACGUUUUAUAAGAAAAACAACAAGUAGAGCCUACAAGUAUCUUGUAGCACGAUUAUGUUGCUGACAUGAUUAAGUACUAAAGAGCCUUCGGUAUAAAAGGGUACUUCACGUUUAAUACGUUUGUACGCAACGCAGCAUUUAGCUAUUUUGGAUUCCUCGUAACUGAAGUCUAUUAAACAGCUUGACACUAGACGUUUGGUUGUCAGCAUCAGAAAUUACCUUGGCUGCUCUUUUCUGCAAUUUUAAAACACGACCUAGACUCUCCUUGUUACAGGUAGUCCAGAUUGAGGUGACAUGAAGCAGGACCGAUCUAAUCGAUCUAAUGCGUGGUUUCCAAAUAAUACUAAGUUUAUAUCUGCUAAAAAUUGUCUUAGAAUCCAUAGAAAUAAAACUGCAAGUUUAGGUAAAGAGAAGAAAUGUUGUUAGACAAAGCACGUUGAUAAAGAGAGAGUAUUGUGAAGUACCUUUCGAUUCAGUUUUCAAUGAUAUCAAAUGCUAUUUAGUUUACACUACUUCACGCCGGGUUAUAACUGAAUAAGAACGAAAAAGUCUUCCUUAUUUCGACAUAAGCAUCUGUUUUAUUAUUCGUCACGUCAAACUGGUCGAAAAUUAUUAGAUUCGGUCAUGUAAGUUGUAGACAGUGAAUAUUAGUCUUAUGCAGAUUGUAAUAAGAAUAUACACUGAUGUAUCAACUUAGAUCUGGUUUUUUGUCAUAAAGUUAUCUUGAUUCCUGGGUAUUAUAUAAGUAGGUAAUUUGUAUUUAGAGGUGAUUAUGGUUAAGGAAAAUGUCAGAAUUUGAUAUUUUUAACGAUGUUCUUCAUAAAUUGAAAUAAUGUUUACAAGCAAGAGAUGAAAUUUAUCUUUGCGAA